AUGACAACACAAAUGUCUAGCUCGACACGUCGAGAGGGCUCUAGAUCUUCAAACCAGCCCGCAUCUCCCAACUUCGCCGACCCCAACUUUGACCCAGCCGACUUUCUCAACGACUCUCUAUCACCUUUGACUGUGGCAUCAUUACAACCUAAUGCCUCCCGCACACAAGGAUCCGUAUCCUUGACGGAGCUCUCCGCACAAGUGCAAUCUCUCCUCUCCCAGAUCAACGCCCAGAAUGUCCGCCUCUCGAGCACAUUAUCCCAACUCACGGAUGAAAUUCUUCGAAGCGGUGGAAGGCUAGCCUAUGAAGUGGAGGUGCUACGGGGCGAGACAAUUAGCCUUUCGGAGACUCUGACCGAGGUCUUGCGCGAUGACAUAGCCAAGUUUGUCCCAGAGUCAUCCCCGGACGAGCGCAAGUCAGAGCAACUAGAGGAUGCGCCAAACGAGGAUGAGACGGAAACCACAGAAGAAGAGAAGCCACCCGCCAACCCGACCGACCCAGAAUACAUAACAAACCUCCGUACACUGAACCAAGUGCGAUCUCGACUCGAGGAUGUGGUACAGAUCUUCGGCGACGCAAUGGAAUGGCCCCUCCCUCCCUCCGAGAUCUCCUUUUCUUCGUCAUUCAUCUCUGUCUCAGGACCGGAUCUCGGAGCAGAUGGACAUGACCGUGAAGAAAAGGGCCAAGAAAUGAUGAAAAAGCUCCGGACGGAGGUGACAAACCUACUAGACAGCGAAGGUGGAGGAAGCGCCGGGUUGGAAGCUGCUAACCGUCGCGUGGAAGCCCUCCGGGUACUAGCAACAGUCUGGAACAGCUCGGCGGAGGAGAAAGCUCGCAAUCGGUUCGUGGAUAGUCUCGCGAAGAUUGUAGAGGACCGACGCCGCAGUCUGGACCAGGCUGCCGAACAGAACCAGCGCGCCUCGUCCAAGUCUAGGCCUGAAGCUCGUCGGGAUAGCGAUAGUGGUGCACCAGCCGGUGGGCUCUUCCGGAACUUGCAGCGCCUUCGUGAGGAGAUUUACCUGGAGUGA